CGCCUGCCCGGGGAAGGAGCCAAACCAAGAUGGCGGCGCCUGAGGCGGCCGGAACGGGGCUGACCACCGCUGGCUGAAGCUGCGCCCGAGCGACAGCAUGUCGGGGCCGGACGAGCGGGAGCCCGGCGGUGGGGUGGCGGCCGCGGCGGCCGGCGUGGCGGCCGCGGGGCCGCUGGUUCUGGGGGAUGCGGCGGCGGCCGCGGGGCCGGGCCCGGGGGGCGCGGAGGAGCCGGGGGCCCCGCUCGGGGGCGGCGGGGCGGGCGCGGGGGGCGGCGGCCGGCAGGGCCAGGCCGAACCCGGCGGCGACCGAGACUCCGACGCGCCGCCCAAAAAGCGGCUCAAGCUGCCUGGCGGGGCCGAGGGCGGCGGCGGCGGCGUGAAGCUGGAGGAGCGGCUCUAUUCGGUGCUGUGCUGCACGGUGUGUCUCGACCUGCCCAAGGCCUCCGUCUACCAGUGUACAAAUGGUCACUUGAUGUGUGCUGGAUGUUUCAUUCACCUACUGGCAGAUGCCCGGCUGAAGGAGGAACAGGCUACCUGUCCCAAUUGUCGCUGCGAGAUCAGCAAGAGCCUUUGCUGCCGAAAUCUCGCUGUAGAAAAAGCAGUGAGCGAACUGCCCUCAGAGUGUGGUUUCUGCAUGAGGCAGUUCCCUCGCUCUCUUCUGGAAAGACACCAGAAAGAAGAAUGCCAGGACAGGGUGACUCAGUGCAAGUACAAGCGGAUUGGGUGCCCGUGGCAGGGCCCUUACCACGAGCUGACUGUCCAUGAAGCGGAGUGCACGCACCCCACCAAGACGGGGAAUGAGCUGAUGGAGAUUCUGGAUGAAAUGGACCAAACGCAUAAAAAGGAGAUGCAGCUCUACAACAGCAUCUUUGGCCUGCUCAGCUUUGAGAAGAUUGGUUACACAGAGGUUCAGUUCCGUCCUUACCGAACCGACGACUUCAUCACGCGCCUUUACUAUGAGACGCCCAGGUUUACGGUGCUGAACCAGACGUGGGUACUGAAGGCCCGGGUUAACGACUCGGAGCGCAACCCCAACCUGUCCUGUAAGCGCACCCUCUCUUUCCAGCUUAUUCUCAAGAGUAAGAUCAGCUCCCCCAUGGAGUGUUCGUUCCUGCUGCUCAAAGGACCUUACGAUGAUGUGAAAAUCAACCCGGUGAUCUAUCACUUUGUCUUCUCCAACGAGAAUAAUGAAACAGACUACAUGCCGCUCCCCAUCAUAGACUCUGUGGAAUGUAACAAAUUGCUGGCUGCCAAGAACAUCAACCUACGUCUCUUUAUAUUCCAGAUACAGAAGUAAGCAUAGCUAAACUGGGAGAGUGACCGAGAGAGGAAGGGGGAGACAGAGCACGCACCGCUGAACCAGCGUUACCUCGUAUGGCUGCCUCAGCCCCGUUACAAUUCCACAGUUAUCUGAUUAUUUUAAAGAGGACGUUUUGCAUGUGUGGCAUACAACAGCUCUGAGCAGUGCUGCCUUCUUUGGUGCUCCCCACUUCUGCCCGGAAAAGGCGACUGGGGAGUUGGCUUGAUGCAGGGUACUGAGGAGGCCUGAGGGGGCCUCGAGGGCAUUCACCAGUCAAUACAUUGUGAAACGGCUGCAUCCGUGUCGUGGUGGUGUGUGAUCUCCGUGAUGGGGUGUCGGGGGAGAGGUCCCCUCUGUGCUUCCAUCCUAGUGGGUGGCCUUCUGUCCUGAGAGCAGCAAGUGUCACACAGCUUCGGGAAGUGGUGGGCAGAUCUUGUUGCAUUGGAAUAAAAGAAGCGGGGCGUUCUCCAGCCGAUACCUUCAGGGACCCCGAGAAGGGGGGGUUGCCAGUCUCCUACUUGGAGCGUGUGCCACGUGCCCCGAAUGAUGAGUUCUGCCGAGGGUGCUUCCUGGUGUGAACGAGCAGCAGAGCACCGCAAACUUCCAUGAAUGUAUCAGUCCAGAGGAUUCUCCCUGCCGCCCCCCUCGCCCCCCCAGCUUUUUCACUGUGUCUGAGCUGGUGACUGUUUGACAUGAAGGCAGGUUCAUUGGAGGCCAAUGGCAGAGGGAUCGUAGAAAGUUGGUCCUUUCUAGCAGGAAGCAGCACCCUCAAAGUGGCUUGAAUUGCACUUCACAAAGCACCCAGAGACCCCUCCCUGUGGCUUCCUACACUGUCCUGUUUUGUUAACCAUCCCCCCAGACCCCCCCCCCCCAACACAGGCUAAGAAGUUGCAUAGAGCCAACCCAAAUCAGUGCAGUUCUCGGAAUGCAGGGUGAUUUAUUUUGUCCGUUUUGGGAACUUUCCCAGUAUUUUGAACAUCCUUGUGCAAAUGAGUUAACAGGCUCUUCUAGUAAUUA